AUGCCCACUGUCGCAGAGAUGCAGUCACCGCCAUUUGAAGACUUUAGCGCAUCCUUGAAGAAGUACUUCAACAAUCCAAGCCUUUCAGACGCCGUCAUCAAAUGCGGAGGACAGGACUUUGCAGUCCACAGUCUUGUUCUCUUUUGCCACUCCAAGUAUUUCAAAAAGCAACUCGAUGGGCCAUGGAAGGAAAGUUCUGAGCGAGUCAUAGAAAUCAUGGAUUUCGAUCCCGCUGUUGUCAAGGCGAUGACUGUCUUUUUCUAUAGCUUCGACUACGAGUCCCCGACUGAUUCAUCAGCUAUGACAUUCCAUGCCAAGGUCUAUCAAAUUGCUGAUAAAUAUGACAUUGAGGCCCUAAAGAAACUUGCUGCGACGAAGUAUCGCACCAGCAUCGAUGCGGGAUGGGAGAUGGAUAGUUUUCCAGAUGCAAUCGAACUGGCAUAUACAACUACGCCACCCGGGGACCGAAGAUUGCGCGACAUCGCUGUGGAGGUUACCAUCGAAAGGAUUGGAACGUUGAUGAGUCAGGACGCGUUCAGCGAAAUGCUGAGUGUCAAUCCCGAUCUCGCUGCCGACAUUAUCCGCUGCUUGCACAAGGAUUCAAAAAGAUUGCGAGAGAUAUCAGCAAAAGUCCAAAAGCAAAUGGAAUGGGCUCAACGGGAUUUACAAAGGUCUAGGGACCAGCUAGCAAGGGAUCAGAAUGCCGAGGGCAUUCUCGGGGCUAUUUCACUUCGUAACACGCUUGGGAGAUAA